AAUUCCACUCAACCCAGACUCCACAAACAACCACGAAAAAUGGGCAACUGCUGGACCGGUCUCUGCUCCAAGGAGGAGGAGUCGAACGAUAUCAACUCGUCGGAACGGACACACUUGCUCAAGUCGCCCGUGAUUAACAACUACCAUCAGGACUCCCGCUCACAGCCUUACCCAGUCACCUCAUCUUCGAUAUCAGGCUCGACACAUCGAGGAAGCGCCCAUUCGACAAGAAGCUCGCGCACUAGCCGAGUAGUGGAAGCCAAUUAUCUGGCCAAAGUAGAGGCACGGACACAAGAAGCCAUGAUCGACGUGUACGGUUUUAUGCCGCCAUCAAAACGCCUAGACCGCGCUUUCGACUUUUCGGCAAUUGCCAGCAAGCUGCCAAGCGUUCAAUCAGUGCAAUUGGUUGACAGCUUGCCGGAGGUCAGCGACGCGGCACCCGUCCAAAUCCUGCUCGCUAAGGCUCCUCUGUCGGCCAGCGAGCUCAGCAACUUUAAGCAAACGGCUGCAGCUCUGUCACGCUCAGCGUCCAAAGUCGCCAUCGAGUCCAAGGACUCGUUGACUGCCAAACUUCUGGAUGAUUGAGUAGCAGCAAUAUACUGCGCCACGUUCUCUCUCUCUCUCUCCCCUCCCCC